AUGUUGACAGUAAACUUCAAGCUAGACUCAGCCUUGGAGAAGACCCUCAAGUCAUUUCGAGAGGAGCAUGCCCCGACUCGUGCUGUUGUUGUUACUAUUAAGAAUGAAGUAAUGCAACUUCACGGGAAGCCAAUUGAGGCGACCACCAAGUUGGAAAAUGAUCUUUCCAAAGUACGUGAUCUCAUCACGGCUGAUAAGAUAGAGGCUGCAUUUAUUAUCGUAAAACUCAAAGAAAAAGAGUUUGCACAAGUUUUUUUCUGCCAAGACGGUAUCUCGCCAAAAGUGAGGAUGGUUUACGCCACAGGUGCUGGACACCUCGCAGAGGCAAGUGGAUUGCCGCAUACAGUAAAAGAGCAUGUGGGACGAGUGACGGAUAUCGUACCUUCUCUCUUUGCAAAAGAGACAGAGAGUACACGUGAGGAACUCAUGACAGAAGGCGAGAAGUUGCGAAAGGCAAUUGAUAAGAUGGAAGUUGCACCUAAUCCAGUGGCAAUGCCUGGUGUGGUAAUGCCACUCACGAGUGAGGGAAUGCAGGAAUUAGAGAAAUUUGCCCGUGGUGAAGUGUGUGCUCUGACAUUUACAGUAGAGUCAGAUAAGAUCGUUUUAGAUAAAAAACUUGCCGAAGUAAAAGGAACAGGAUCCACUACUUCUUCAUCCUCCGCUUUAUCAUCCCUCAUGGAGGCUGUAAAGGCACUUAUUCCUCCAAAUCAUCCACGAUUUGUGGUAUUUCGUUGCCCAGUGGAUGCAACAACAACGAAGGCGAUGAUGGUGUACAUUUGUCCAAGUGUAUGUAAAGCGCGGGAACUGAUGGUGUACGCCUCAUCCAAGGCAUCUUUUCUCAUGCAGGCAAAACAUCACGGCGUGACAUUUGCACGGCGGCUGGAGUUGGACAGUACGGAUGAGUUGAAGUCUGCUGUUGAGGAGGCACUCGCACACGGAGGAGAACUAGAAGAUGAGAAUCCAUCGGAUAAACCAGCCCCACCACGACCAGUCGCUUCAAAAGGGCCACGAAUGCUCAUCUAA